AACCAACACCCAGUCGACAACUUCCGGCCCAGACAAAAUGCCUCCUAAAGGAAAGAAAGCCGCCCCAGCUCCCUUCCCCCAGGGAAGGGCUGGUCAGAAGAAAGCCGCCAAGAACCCUCUCCUCGAGAGACGCCCCAAGAACUUCGGUAUCGGUCAGGAGCUCCAGCCCAAGCGCAACUUGUCGCGCAUGGUAAAGUGGCCACAAUACGUCCGCCUCCAGCGCCAAAAGAAGAUUCUCAACCUUCGCCUGAAGGUCCCCCCAGCGAUUGCCCAGUUUCAACACGUUCUCGACCGCAACACUGCCGCACAAGCCCUCAAGCUCCUCAACAAGUACCGCCCUGAGACCAAGGCCGAGAAGAAGGAGCGUCUUACCAAGGAGGCCACCGCCAUCGCCGACGGCAAGAAGAAGGAGGACGUCAGCAAGAAGCCAUACGCUGUCAAGUACGGUUUGAACCACGUCGUCGGUCUCAUUGAGAACAAGAAGGCCAGCUUGGUCCUUAUUCCCAACGAUGUUGACCCCAUCGAGCUCGUCAUCUUCCUUCCCGCCCUCUGCCGCAAGAUGGGUGUCCCAUACGCCGUCAUCAAGGGCAAGGCCCGCCUCGGAACGGUCGUCCACAAGAAGACCGCUGCCGUUGUCGCUCUCACCGAAGUGCGCUCAGAGGACAAGACCGAGCUGUCGAAGCUCGUAUCUGCCAUCAAGGAGGGCUACACAGACAAGCACGAGGAGGCCCGUCGCCACUGGGGAGGUGGUAUCAUGGGUGCCAAGGCCAACGCACGAACGGAAAAGAAGCGCAAGGCGCUUGAGUCGGCCAUCAAGAUCUAAACGGGUAUCUAAGUCGGGUCUGGACGGACGUAGGGCUCUUCAUGUGCAUAUUAGCGGGC